AUGGAAGCCACCAAAGCAGCCCCGGGCGCUCUUGGGCUCCCGGGUACCGUUGAUAUUUGUCUUCGAGCCGGUCAGAAUCUUUGCGAACGAUACAAGGACGUCCAAGAAACGCACAAAGAUAUAGAAGACCUAAAGAUUCGGGUGGAAAAUGCCUGGCUACAUAUUGCAUACCAAUUAGCGACGGUUCAGAGUUCCUCCGAGGAAGUUCAUCAAGUCCUCACAGACCACAUAGCGGAGCUUCUCAAUAAACUGCAGUUCUACCUGUUCACUGCCUGCAAAAACCUCGAAAAGCUAAAGGACAAAAAAGGGAGGACGAAAGUGAUAAAGUUCGCGAUUUUCCUAAAAGGGUCGUUGGGGAAGGAUGUCUCGGCAUUGGAGAGGUGGAGGGAUAUGUUCAGCUCAACCUUUUACAUGCUAUCGGUACCGAAAAACCCUGCGCUGGAUCAUAUCCUGUCGAUGGAGCUCCAAAAGAGUCAGCCCGAUGGUAGUGCUGUUGCCGCUGUCAAUGCGAUCCGUGACGUCCUCGCCGAUGAACCCACGAAACAGCUCAAGUCUGUCUGGCUGGACCCCAUGAUUAUGCGCCUCCCAACCCCCAUUGGCUACUCUGGGGCUCAUAAUAUCUUGGAUAAUACUACCAACACAAGAUACAUUAUGGAAACUAUUACUGUUGAUCCAGGUCGAAGAGACUACAAUCGACUCGACAAGGACGUGACAAAGCUAGCAAGUGUGCUUAGGGAAUCCAAUGGUGUCCCGGGAGUCCUGGCUUGCAAGGGAGUCGUCAGGAAGCAGAGAAGUGAUGGGGCUCCCGAAAAAUUCGAGUUCAUAUUGGAGAUGCCCCAUGGACUCGACGAAAGUCCCGAGUGCCUCCGAACUAUUCUUCAGAGAUCGACCAACGAGCCACACCCCCUCGAUGAGCGCGUCUUUCUCACUAAACAGAUUGCGAAGGCAGCUCUGUCCGUACACAACCUCAAUUUCGUCCACAAGAACAUGCGUCCGGAGAACAUCCUUGUCUUCCCCAAUCCCGGGAAAACGCUCGGCAUCCCAUUCCUCGUCGGUUUCCAGAUGUUCCGGUCCGCCGACGGGAUCACCUACAGGGCCGGUGAUGAGUCCUGGUCGAGUAACCUCUACCGCCACCCCAGCCGCCAGGGAACCCUCCCGGAUAAUGGAUAUAGGAUGCAGCACGACAUCUACAGCUUGGGCGUUAUUCUGUUGGAAAUCGGCCUAUGGUCUCCAUUCGUGAACGAGGAGGGGGAACCUGCGGCGGCACUGUCACAGAUUGUGCAUACCCUACAAGACAAAGAUCAAAGGACGAGGGCCACCCGGAUCAAAGAGGUGUUGAUGGCCAUGGCGUACAAAUACUUGCCCCCGAAGAUUGGAUCUAAGUAUACGGACAUUGUGAUUUCAUGCCUCACGUGUUUGGAUAGAGACUCGGAGUUGGGAAGCGAAAGUGAAUUCCUCGACGACGAUGGUACCUUAGUUGGUGUGAGAUAUACCCAACAGAUUUUGGGCGUGCUGGAAGAAAUUGAUAUUUGA